CGCUCUCCGCCGCGGGUUCCGGCGCCCGGGCCGCUGGCUUCUCCCCCGGCCGCGCUGCCUCCGCAGCCUGGCCGGCUCCCUCCCGGAUCUGUGCCUGUGACCGCCACGUGUGUGCGUGCGUGCAUGUGUGUGUGCGUGUGUGUGUGUGCGCGCUCGAGAGGGCGCGCGCACGCGUGGGGGCAGUGUGCACACGCGGAGUGCGGGGGAGUGUGUUUGUGUGUGCAUGUGGGUGUGAGUGCCUGGCGCGCGCGCGCGCGCACACACACACACACACACACACACAUACAUACACACACACACCCCGGCAGGCUCGUCUGAACUUGAAGACACCCCACAUUCCAAGAUCCCCGAGGUUCCUGGGAAUGCCCAGGCUUCUGCGCUCCGGAAAAUCCUACCAGCAUCUUCCUAAGAAGAAAUUCUCUGUUCUUUCUUUUCUUCUUUUUUUUUUAAUCUGGAGGAGAGAAGAACAAGUUGUGCUUUCCCCCUCCCCUUCUUCCUGCUAAAUGCCAUGGAUAUAUCCGAAUAAGCCGCUCAAGGCUCUCCCCGCGUGGACGUCCGAGGCCACCAUCUGCCCGCAGUCGCCGGAGCCCGAGGGCUUAGCUGGAGCCGGACUUGGGCGGGGAAGGAUGCGCGGCCGAGCCGGGGAGCCCGGGCGCCCUGCGGAGCCGGCCUCGGAGCCUCCCAGCCGGGGGUAGAUGCUGCCCAGCCCAGGCGCCACAGCCUGAGUGACCAGACCAUGGAGACCCUGCUUGGCGGGCUGCUGGCGUUUGGCAUGGCGUUUGCUGUGGUCGAUGCCUGCCCCAAGUACUGUGUCUGCCAGAACCUGUCUGAGUCACUGGGGACCCUGUGCCCUUCCAAGGGGCUGCUCUUCGUGCCCCCUGACAUCGACCGGCGGACAGUGGAGCUGCGCCUGGGCGGCAACUUCAUCAUCCACAUCGGCCGCCAGGACUUCGCCAACAUGACGGGGCUGGUGGACCUGACCCUAUCCAGAAACACCAUCAGCCACAUCCAGCCCUUCUCCUUCCUGGACCUUGAGAGCCUGCGCUCCCUGCACCUGGACAGCAACCGGCUGCCCAGCCUUGGGGAGGACACCCUCCGGGGCCUGGUCAACCUGCAGCACCUCAUCGUGAACAACAACCAGCUGGGCGGCAUCGCCGAUGACGCCUUCGAGGACUUCCUGCUGACGCUGGAGGACCUGGACCUCUCCUACAACAACCUGCACGGCCUGCCCUGGGACUCGGUGCGGCGCAUGGUCAACCUCCACCAGCUGAGCCUUGACCACAACCUGCUGGACCACAUCGCCGAGGGCACCUUUGCCGACCUGCAGAAGCUGGCCCGCCUGGACCUGACCUCCAACAGGCUGCAGAAGCUGCCCCCGGACCCCAUCUUUGCCCGCUCCCAGGCCUCUAUGCUGACUGCUACUCCCUUUGCCCCGCCCUUGUCUUUCAGCUUUGGGGGAAACCCACUGCACUGCAACUGUGAGCUCCUCUGGCUGCGGCGGCUGGAGAGGGAGGAUGACCUAGAGACCUGCGGGUCCCCCGGUGGCCUCAAGGGCCGCUAUUUCUGGCAUGUGCGUGAGGAGGAGUUCGUGUGCGAGCCGCCGCUCAUCACCCAGCACACCCACAAACUGCUGGUCCUGGAGGGCCAGGCGGCCACGCUCAAGUGCAAGGCCAUUGGGGACCCCAGCCCCCUCAUCCACUGGGUAGCCCCUGAUGACCGCCUGGUGGGGAACUCCUCACGGACCUCUGCGUAUGACAACGGCACCCUGGACAUCCUCAUCACCACGUCUCAGGACAGCGGUGCCUUCACCUGCAUCGCUGCCAACGCGGCCGGGGAGGCCACAGCCACCGUGGAGGUGUCCAUCGUGCAGCUGCCGCACCUCAGCAAUGGCACUGGCCGCGCUGCACCCCCCAAGUCCCGCCUUUCGGACAUCACCGGCUCCAGCAAGACUGGCCGGGGAGGUGCAGGCAGUGGGGGCGGAGAGCCUCCUAAAAGCACCCCGGAACGGGCGGUGCUGGUGUCCGACGUGACAACCACCUCGGCCCUGGUCAAGUGGUCAGUCAGCAAGUCGGCGCCGAGGGUGAAGAUGUACCAGCUGCAGUACAACUGCUCCGAUGACGAGGUGCUCAUUUACAGGAUGAUCCCAGCCUCCAACAAGGCCUUCGUGGUCAACAACCUGGUGUCAGGGACAGGCUACGACCUGUGUGUGCUGGCCAUGUGGGACGACACAGCCACGACACUCACGGCCACCAACAUUGUGGGCUGCGCCCAGUUCUUCACCAAGGCUGACUACCCGCAGUGUCAGUCCAUGCACAGCCAGAUCCUGGGUGGUACCAUGAUCCUGGUCAUCGGGGGCAUCAUCGUGGCCACACUGCUGGUCUUUAUCGUCAUCCUCAUGGUGCGUUACAAGGUCUGCAACCACGAGGUCCCAGGGAAGAUGGCAGCGGCAGCCGUCAGCAACGUGUACUCGCAGACUAACGGGGCCCAGCCUCCGCCCCUGGGCAGUGUGCCUGCUGGGCAGCCCCCACAGGCUCCACCCAAGUUCGUGGUGCGGAAUGAGCUCCUGGACUUCAGUGCCAGCCUGGCCCGAGCCAGCGACUCUUCCUCCUCCAGCUCCCUGGGCAGUGGGGAGGCAGCGGGGCUGGCACAGGGCCCCUGGAGGCUCCCACCCCCUGCCACCCGCCCCAAACCCAACCUUGACCGCCUGAUGGGGGCCUUUGCCUCCCUGGACCUCAAGAGUCAGAGAAAGGAGGAGCUGCUGGACUCCAGGACUCCAGCGGGGAAAGGGGGCGGGACACCGGCCAGGGGCCACCACUCAGACCGAGAGCCACUGCUGGGGCCCCCAGCGGCCCGUGCCAGGAGCCUGCUCCCCCUGCCCCUGGAGGGCAAGGCCAAGCGCAGCCACUCCUUCGACAUGGGGGACUUCGCGGCGGCAGCAGCUGCGGCAGGAGGGGUGGCCCCCGGCGGCUACAGCCCCCCUCGGAGGGUCUCACACAUCUGGACCAAGCGCAGCCUCUCCGUCAACGGCAUGCUCUUGCCCUUUGAGGAGAGUGACCUGGUGGGAGCCCGGGGGACUUUCGGUAGCUCUCAGUGGGUGAUGGAGAGCACCGUGUAGCCGGGACCACCCUCCCUCCCACCCUUAUGGAGUGGGAGUUGAAGGGGCGGGGUCUUUACUGGCGAGUCUUGUGGAGUUUCCAUGGUGAUGUUUACAUCCAGGGACAGUUUCGUCUCCCUGUCCACAGCCUCUUGUCCCUCCCGCCCAGCCACCCUCCUCCACAUCGCCUUCCCAGGCCUGUCCCCACCACCCAGCGGGGUGUGCUCAGGGAAUUCGGACUCCCUCAACUGUCGGACUGAGCCCCGAGUGUUUGGAGAGGCGAGAGUCCGCCUUUCUGAUCACAAAUGUAGCGACACGCAAGUGGCUUUGGAUGGCUUAUGGGUCCAGUGUGGCUUUUAUUUCUGAAUUUAUUUAUUUAUUUUUUUUCCAUUUCCCGGACUCCUCUUCUUCAUUCACACGGGGAAAGGGUGAGCGAGUGUUUCCUCUGCGUGUGCCCAGCAGCCCCAGCAGGGGGCGAUCAUUGCCAAAUGCCAACUGGUUCCAGUCUUGUUUGGGGGAGGACCGUGGAGUCCCCUGCCCAGGGCCACUCCACACCCCGCUUUGGGAGGCAGGAGUGACCAGCUCUGAGGCUGACACUUGUGCUCAAUGCAUAUACCAGACGAUUUCUUCCCGGGCUUCCCAUAUGGAAGGAGAGGAGGGUUCCCCGCUGCAGGGGAUGUCACUCUGGGGUCGUUGUGGGAUUUUGCUUUUUUUCCUGGGGAGCUGGGAAGAAAUUCCCCAUAAGCAUGUGAUAGCCAAGAAGGCUUCACUUGAGGAAAGCAGCGUGGGGUGACAGGGGGGCAGUAGCCUUGGAGCCCAAAGCUCUGAGUUUGAGAUCCAGAGCUGCAAGGAAAAUGUGUGAGGCUUUUUCUCUUUGGGCCUCAGUUUCCUAACUGGCCAAAUGGGACUGAACUGCCCUCAGAUGCCCUUCCAGCUAAGGAUGCAUCAGUUCUUCCUGGCUCCAGGGUGCGGCAUCAGCUCGGUGGCCCUGGGAGCACUGCCGCUAGAGCGUCCCUGUGCCAGCUAGACACAGAGAGAACAUUCUAGAGCUUUUGGGGGAGCGAGUCUUUUCAGAACCACAGUUUUGGAGCAUGGGAGGUGUUCGUGAGCCUCUCUCUCCCCGCCUCUUCCUCCCUCUCCCCACAGCAUCAGAGCCGCGCCCCGGGCCCACAGUGCAUUAGCGACCAGCAGGGCAGGGGCCGAGCCGCCUACCUCCUGGGAGAGGUAUUUGGGAUCUGUGACCCUGUCUCCUUCAUCCUGCAGGGGCAGCACCGUGUCCAAAGUCUGUCCCACAUCUGUCCUGAAAGAGGCAGUUCCAGGAGAGGCGAUGGAGGGCUCCUGGCUCCUGCCAUGGAGAGAUUGAGCCCCAUGUUCCCACACAGCCAUGGAGAAGUGCUUGGGACACAUGGGAACAACUUUCUUGCUUCUGUGUCACUCCUGUCCCUGUGUCCUUCCAGGCAUCUGCUCAUUGCCAACAUACUACCUCUCCCUAGUCCUGGGCGCACUGUGUCCUCUCUCCGCCCCUCUCUCCUUUUCCCUCCACUCUCCUCUCUGCGUUCCUCUUUCUUCCUGCUGCUCUCUGUUUUCUCCCAUUCUUUUCUGGUCCUGACAAGGUCAAGAACAGGCCAGGUCAAUCUCUCAGGUCAAGACCACGGUCGCUUUUCCAAGCCAGUCCCAGUAUAGCAGCUGUCCCUUCCCGGUCACGGCGGGCGGCACCCACAAGAUUGGAUGGCUCAAAGGGAAAUCUCCACCUGCCCAACCUUCCCGUCCUCACCCUCCCUCUCUGCUCCCUCCUCCCCACACACCCUGUCACAAUGCAGCCAUCAUGGGAAGGGUCUCUAAUACCACGUUUCUUUUUUGCCUUUGGGGUCAGACACACAGCGGGGACACGGAGGCCGGCAGAAGGGGAUGCGCCAACCCGCUGUCUGUCCUUGUCCUCGGCUUCCAGCUCUGUCCUGGCACCGUCUGUACCUGCUCUUGUGUUUGUCGUGUUUCUGACUGGGGUUUGGGACAGAGACAUCCUUGGGGUCAGAACAUAAAUGCCCAUCUUCUCCUGAAAGAAAAAGUACAGUAAAAUGUACAGUUUUCCAAACAACCACCAACAUUUCCUGGGAGGGAGAAAAAAAGAACAUUCUCCUGUCUGUGAAUGUCUGCUGUUCAUUUCUCUGGAAACUCUGG